GUGUGUAAUUUUUCUUUUUCUUGAGCAUUUUUUUCCUCUAUCGUUGGGACUCGUUGGCUCGGCAUCUACAAUGGAUCGAGUACAUCUCCUACUUCUUGGGCUCCCACUCUUUAUCCUUUGCAGUGACCUCUUAAACCUCUUUACUCCACCCCCACCACCUCCGCCGUCGCACCUGAAACCCGACCACCACCACAAACCCCCACUUACUCCGAACCCAGAAUUCCCUACACCGAAAGCUGUGCGAGGACUCGGGUAUGGCAGUACAGUCAACAUAAACUUUUGUGCUUCUUGCUCGUAUAGGGGCACUGCAGUGACAAUGAAGAAGAUGUUGGACGCUCAAUUCCCUGGAAUUGAUGUUGUCCUUGAAAAUUACCCCCCACCCAUGCCCAAGCGUCUGCUCGCUAAAGUGGUCCCAGUUGUUCAGUUUGGAGUCAUUGGGAUCAUCAUGGCUGGUGAACAGAUCUUUCCAAUGAUGGGAAUCAUGACUCCUCCUGCAUGGUAUUAUUCAUUACGUGCUAAUAGAUUUGGAUCUAUUGCAUCCACCUGGCUUCUUGGAAACUUUUUGCAGUCCUUCCUACAAAGUUCUGGGGCUUUUGAAGUAUACUGCAAUGAUGAAUUGGUCUUCUCUAAGCUGAAGGAGGGCAGGUUUCCAGGUGAGAUUGAGUUAAAGGAUCUUGUUGCCAAAAAACUGUCAACAUCGAUAGUUAUGGAUGGCCUUGGAGAAGUAUGGCCUUAGUUCAUUGUCAGGUGAUGGGGGGUUGAAACCAAAGGGAUUGAAGUGUAACUUAUAGUAGAGUAGCACCAAACAUAAACAGAUGUUAUGCCAGUAUGUUAAUGUAAAUUUGAACCUCUCAUUAAGGUCAUUCCAGGACAAGUGAUCCACUAAAGUGAGCAUCAGAUGUAGGGAACAUGUUGAUUAACUAUAUUUUUCCGGGGUGAGUCAGAUUUUCAUAGUUAAUUUAUCUAUCCUACAUUCAUGUUA